AUUUUUUUCCUUAUUCUGCCACGUCAUGCUUAUUAUACCACUUCUAUCAUGGCUUUAACUUUUCAGGGAGUGUGCUAGUUUCUGUUGAAGCGGUGGAGGAAGAGGAAAGAGAACAGAGGGAGUGUGUUAGUAUCUGUUGAAGAGGUGGAGGAAGGGAAAUAAGGCUGAGAGGACGUGUUAGAGUCUACUGAAGAGGUGGAGGAAGGAAAAUAAGACUUGAGGAAAUACUAGAUAACAGGAGGAAAAAUGGAGCUGAGAGAGGAAAGAUAAAGAUAGAGAGAUGAGAUGAAAGGUCAACAAGCUCUCCUGACCUUCAUCACAGCCCAGCCCUUGAGUCUGCAAGUAACAGUGACAAGCAGGGAGCAGAGAUAGGCAGCUUAUCAGCCCGCCACAGACACCUCACAAGCACAAGAACUCUCAGCUCAACGGGACUUGUCUGGGUAACGUGAAAGUGAUUCUCUUGGCAUUACCGUUCCUCUUGACACGAUGGUGAACAAAGUGCUGCGUCUUGGAGGGUGUGGAGCCUUUGUGCUCUUCAUCACAUACCUGGCACGGCCCGGCUCCUCCCUCUUCUCCUGGCACCCCUUCCUCAUGACCCUGGCGUACACCGGGUUCAUGACGGAAGCCAUGUACACCUUCUCCAAGUCAGGCCUUGCAUCCGGGCAGCCCCACAGCACCAAGGUCACAACACACUGGGCUCUCCUUGCGACAGUGGCGACAGUGCAUGGCCUGGGGUGGGCCGCUAUAUACUUCACGAAGGAGGCGAACAACAAACCACAUCUAACGUCAUGGCACGGCUGUCUGGGGUGUCUCGCGUCGAUACUUCUCUGGGUUCAGCUCAGCGGCGGCAUCUUCGCGAAAUACCCCAAGCUAAUCGCGAACGUGCUGCCGCUGAGGACUCUACGCUCGUGGCAUUCGCUCUCGGGUUUCUUCGUCUAUACGGUUGGGGUCAUCGCGCUUAUCCUUAGUCUGGGGUCUCCGUGGUACAAGAGCGUUGCCUCCGAUGGGAGUGUGUACGCCGCCUUGGGCCUCCACAUGGUGCUGGUGGUUGGGGUGCUUAAGGGGCAUGUGGCAAAGUACCUCGCGUCAAAGUAAGUGAGUUUCGUGUUGUUGAUGUGUUGAGUGUGUUGCAUUUACGUUUUUUUUUUUUUUUUUUUUUUUUUUUUCCUAGUUGAGUGAGUGAGUGUUGCCAUGUUUUGCUUCCUCUCUCGUUGUUCUUGUUGAGUGAAUGUGUGUUGCUGUUGUGUUGAAGUGUUGAGAGUUUUACAUUUUUCUUUUUUUGUUCGUUUGUGUUUUCCUCUAUUUUUUUCUUUUUCUUCCUUGUUGAGUAAGCAAGUCUUGUGUUGCUGAUGGUUGCGGAAGUGUUGAAAGUGUUGCCAUGUCACGUGUGUUGCGAUUUUCUCUUCUUCUUUACCCUCGUCAGUAUAAAUUGUGGUGUUGCCAAUGGUGGAAAGUUAUCUUGCAUUACUACUUUUUUUUCUUUUAAUCUUUUUCUCCCAUGAAGCUUAUUUUGUCAUCAGCGACAUUUUUUAUUUUAUUUUUUUAUCACAACAAAUUAGACAGCUCAAGGGCACACAAAAAACGUAAACAAAUAAUAAGCAAAAAAAAGCCCGCUCCUCGCUGCUCCUUAAAAGAAUCCAAAGAGGUGGACGAAAUAGGGGUCAAUUUCCUAUUACAUUCUCUUUUUUAUGUAGCAGCAGGAAGCAAAACAGCACACUCCUGCAGCUUUGUGUAUGUGUGUAUGUGUGUGUGUGUGUGUGUGUGUGUGUGUGCUAAUGAUCAACUCUGGUAAUGACUUCUCUGUGUAGCACGAUUUGUUAAGUUAGCCCAUUAUGAUUUGUUACGUUACUCAGCUUGUUACCUGAUUUUCCAUUAUUGUUCACUGUACUAGACUUUACAUUUGCAUUAGUUUGUUAUAUUAUGCUUGACAUUGUAGCAGCUUCUUUAACCUUGACGUAUUUGGUAGCUUGAGGUUAUAUUUGAAGUGUAUCGCUUGUGUAGAAGUUAACCUUGAUUUCUUUUAGUGUGUGAUUAACCCGGUAGCAGCGACGGGCCAAAUUUGUGGCUUUACCGUGUACCAGUGACGGGCCAAAUUUGUGGCUUUACCGUGUAGCAGCGACGGGACAAAUUUGUGGCUUUACCGUGUACCAGCGACGGGACAAAUUUGUGGCUUUACCGUGUACCAGCAACGGGACAAAU